AGUUUAUUUCGGUUGCGCGCAAUCCGCCGGACCUUAGAGAUGCAGAUGUAAGACAAUGCAUGGGCUUCGGAGCAUCUACAUGAGAAGAUACAUCAUGCGCAGGCUUCCACGACUCGGCGCAAAACCUAUUUCACAAAAGUAGCAUCAUCAAUUGCACGACCCCCGUGCUGGAAAAAGAACAAUGCUAGCCGUGCCCUCGACGUUUGGCGCCACCAAAGUUGGUCGGCGUGGCAUGUUUUCGGUGGCUCAUGCUUCAGACGAGAUUCGUUUUGUGGAGCGAGGAUCGACGCAGGGUCGUGCACCACGACCUACUACGGCCACACGGUUUCCUCCUCGAGGUCAUCUUGAGACAAGUGCAGAAGCUGAUGGCGGUGGACAAACGCUCGGCCGCGGCGAAGAUGCGUUUACAACGACAGCUAAAAAGAAAUCCAGUCCCUCGUCUAGUGGCACAACUGGCAUGAAACUCGGCACUAUGAAAUUCCACGAGCAGAUAAACAGAAAAAGGCUGUUUUUCGAAGCAGGAUCGCAGCCGUCGCGGUGGAAGGUUAUCGCUUUGCACGACCCGGAGACCUACGAGCUGAAAACUGAACAGGAGAAACACCGGGAGCAGUACCUUCGCUUCAGGAGACGGCGGCGGCAGAAAUGGGGCGUCUUGCUGAAUCCGUUACAUGGUUUGGAAAAGCGCGGGUACGCGGACCCGAACACGCUGAAUUUCCCGGAGCUCCUGGAUAUGACGGAGCGGGCGUCUGCGGAACGAGUUGCCAACCCCAUUUUCUGGAACCAAGUCGUCAUCCGCGCGGUGCGGCUCCGGGAUGUGUGUCGUAUAGAUCAUUUCGUGCGCUUCCUGCACGUACUGACCGACGCGCGGCCGCUGGACCGGGAUCGCGUCAUGGGCCUGUUCCGAAAAGCCGUGCGCGAGGUUCGCCAAGACGCUUUCAGCCGGCUGACUCUGGCCGAGGGAGCGACCCUGCUGAAGUGCUACGCCCACUACCGGCUGCGGAGCGUACCGCUCUGCGAAACCAUGCAGAGAAAAGCGCUGCAGGAGCUCGCGCCGCUGUUCCUGCCAGAAAUAAAUCAUGAGUAUCUUCGCUCUCAGUCAGAUGAAAUGAGCGUAGAGGAGAAGUGCGCCUACGACCCAGCUGUGCAAGAAACAGAUGCUGGGGCGAACGCUGCAUUUCCAUUGGCUUCGAAAACAGAGGUGCCUCAGGACGGAGGAGCGCCACGACAUGCUUGCCAAGACGAUGGGAUAACAUCUUCGGCGCUUGCUGGGCCGCAAGGCACUGAAGACAUGAUUCCUGAUCAUGAUUUCGAUGAAGGUAUUUCAUCUGCUUAUGCAGCUGCUCCGGAAGACACGAGCAAACCUCUGACGAGACUACAGCGGCGAGCUGCUCGCAAGGAUCAAGCCAAGAAGGAAGCAGCUGCGCAGGGAACAACAGGAACUUCCCAUCCUGCACAAAAAGCUGCUCAGAGUGCUGCUGAAAGCGCAACAAGUUCCGCUCCUUCACUGAAAGUAAACGAUAACGAAAUCAUCGACGUGCUGCACCACCUCGCCGACAUGAUCGGAAGCUUUACGAAAAUGGAGUACAAUUUCCUGGACGAAGAGCAAUGUCCACUCGCAGCUGAGUUUUCUGCGCUGGUGCAAGCAGUGCUCGACAGAGUAUCGCAUAGAUGUGCGCUUGGUCGUGAUGAGGACCAAGAGCGUCCUGAUCUUCACAAACAACAACCACCUCGCACCACUUUUCUCCGCCUCGCUGAUUUAUCUGCGCUGUCGAGAGCGGGCUUUUCGAUUUCUCCUGAUUACUUUGCUCUAACAGUGCACCAUCACGACGCGGCCGUGGGCGCUUCCGAGAUGAAAAACUCCGAUGCUGAAGAUCGAACGGGAGACGCUAGCGACGGCAGGGUGGGAAACCAGGAAGAUUCGCGCGAAGGUCAUGUAGCUGCAAACCGCGCAUCGGCGCCAGAAGGCGGAGAAACAAGUGCAACGGGCGAAGGGAACAAGACCAAAGAAGAAGGUGUUUCAGAGGACCAGACCGGGCAACAUCAAGUAGAUGACGCUGCAGAGAUUCAGUUACAGACCUGGAGCGACGUCGCGCUGUAUCUUCCUGUCGAAACUGCGCCGGAUCUCUUUUCAGUCGUGGUUCGAAACGUCAAGCGAUGUCUGGCGCUGGAUGAUCCACCCACGCUUUCUCCUUCUUGCGUACAGACGAGUACGACGUACGACGAGAACGGCCAGCCUGCCGGCUUCGCUCCGCCCCUCCGUCUAGCGCCGUUCGUGCCUGUUUCAAAUUCCACCUCCAGGUCGGCCAUUGCGACUUCUGGUGGUAGCCGCGACUUGGAAGGAGGGCAGUUUCCUUCGGCAGUGAUUGACCACCCCGGGGAAGUGGUCUUUCGCAGAAAAAUCGCGCGCUCCCUUGUUUCCUUGUUACAGGGAGCUUUGCGGACACGGCAACGAUCGUGCGUAGAGCUCGUCACGUACGAUGCCGAAUUGUGCGAGGACUACCUCCUUCCCUGCAUCCGCGAACUCUCUCCGCAGGAAAUCGAGAUUGUGUGGCGAUCCUUUUUUCGACGACACAGCCGAACGACGAGACGGGCACUUGGUGAGGGCGAGGAGCAAGAAACCGACCAUGUUGAAGAUAAUCCUUCCGCCAGUCUGUAUGGGAGUGCCAGGUUUGAAAUCGACAAAGUGAAAGUUGAAAUGAUUUGCCAUGCAUAAAAUGGAUGCCAGUUGGAACCCAGUUUCCAAGUAGCGCAAGACAAAUUUUGCUGAUGCCUAAAUCCAGUUUGUAAUGCUGUUUGGGUAAGGAAGACGCUUUUUGUCAUGCUUCUUUAACAGCUCUAUUUCUACCCCUCAACAGGCUUACAAUCUGCCUCCCUUGCGUACUCUGCAAGACAGGCGCUUUGUGGGUUGCGUUUUAUGCAUCACAGACUAUUUCAACUUUGACGAUUUCAAUCCUGACGCUUCCAUAGUCUGCUGUUUGCACCUCUACUUGGUGAAGCUUGUCGGAAAUUUGAUUUGCUCUCGGCAAGGAUGGUCCGGCAAAUGGCAGGCCACAUCGAAAAGAAGUGGCAAAGAGCCGACGAGCAUGCGGAGAGUGGGCAGGUGUGGGCACCAGCGGGAGAGGAAGUGACAGACGGGAAGGUCGUGACGCAGCCGCAGGAACGCGACUUCACCGAAAAGUACUUUUUGCAGCUGAAAUCUCGGUACUUGGAUCAGAUCUCUUUCGCAGGCUACAGAAAAGUGUUAGCGCACGACGAGAAAACUUCAUCUCCUGACGCAGUGCGAUAAAGCCGAAUGAACGAAUAACAGAGCUUCUGCUAAAAGUGCUAAAUGCUGAGAAUACAGAAUGUAAGUCACAUAAUGAAGCAGUAGCAGGGUGACUUGUUAUUGUUUAUGAAGCCCAGAUGCACGAGCAAGUCCGACACUAGACGACCCUGAAGUCUUUGUAUACCUGUCCCCCAAUUAUGGCAAUGGCUUGUAGCGAAGCAUGCAGAACUGAACAGGGUGAGAGAAAUCGUGCGCAUUCCUGUCGUGUCAAAGAAACGCUUGUAUCCGC